GCUCUGUGCUUGCAGGCUCUGUGCUUGCAGGCUCUGUGCUUGCAGGCUCUGUGCUUGCAGGCUCCGUGCUUGCAGGCUCAGUGCUUGCAGGUUCUGUGCUUGCAGGUUCUGUGGUGGCAGGUUCUGUGCUUGCAGGUUCUGUGGUGGCAGGUUCUGUGCUUGCUGGCUCUGUGCUUGCAGGCUCAGUUGUGGCAGGCUCAGUGGUGGCAGGUUCCGUGCUUGCAGGCUCCGUGCUUGCAGGCUCAGUGCUUGCGGGCUCUGUGCUUGCAGGUUCCGUUGUUGCAGGCUCUGUGCUUGCAGGCUCAGUGGUGGCAGGCUCAGUGGUGGCAGGCUCUGUGCUUGCGGGUUCCGUGCUAGAUGGUUCCGUGCUUGCAGGCUCUGUGGUGCCAGGCGCUGUGCUUGCGGGCUCUGUGCUUGUAGGCUCCGUGCUUGCAGGCUCAGUGCUUGCGGGCUCUGUGCUUGCAGGCUCUGUGCUUGCAGGCUCUGUGCUUGCAGGCUCCGUGCUUGCUGGCUCUGUGCUUGCUGGCUCUGUGCUUGCUGGCUCUGUGCUUGCUGGCUCUGUGCUUGCAGGUUCCGUGCUUGCUGGCUCUGUGCUUGCUGGCUCAGUUGUGGCAGGCUCAGUGGUGGCAGGCUCCGUGCUUGCAGGCUCUGUGCUUGCAGGCUCCGUGCUUGCAGGCUCAGUGCUUGCAGGCUGCGUGCUUGCAGGCUCCGUGCUUGCGGGCUCUGUGCUUGCAGGUUCCGUUGUUGCAGGCUCUGUGCUUGCAGGCUCAGUGGUGGCAGGCUCUGUGGUUGCAGGCUCUGUGGUUGCAGGCUCCGUGCUUGCAGGCUCAGUGCUUGCGGGCUCAGUGCUUGCAGGCUCUGUGCUUGCGGGCUCUGUGCUUGCGGGCUCUGUGCUUGCGGGCUCAGUGCUUGCGGGCUCUGUGGUGGCGGGCUCAGUGCUUGCGGGCUCUGUGCUUGCAGGCUCUGUGCUUGCUGGCUCAGUGGUGGCAGGCUCUGUGGUGGCAGGCUCAGUGGUGGCAGGCUCAGUGCUUGCUGGCUCUGUGCUUGCGGGCUCUGUGCUUGCGGGCUCUGUGCUUGCGGGCUCAGUGCUUGCGGGCUCUGUGCUUGCAGGCUCUGUGCUUGCAGGCUCAGUACUUGCAGGCUCAGUACUUGCAGGCUCAGUACUUGCAGGCUCUGUGCUUGCGGGUUCAGUACUUGCGGGUUCAGUACUUGCGGGCUCUGUACUUGCGGGUUCAGUACUUGCAGGCUCUGUGCUUGCGGGCUCAGUGCUUGCAGGUUCCGUGCUUGCAGGUUCCGUGCUUGCAGGCUCUGUGCUUGCUGGCUCAGUGCUUGCAGGUUCUGUACUUGCAGGCUCAGUGGUGGCAGGCUCAGUGCUUGCGGGCUCUGUGCUUGCAGGCUCUGUACUUGCAGGCUCAGUGCUUGCAGGUUCCGUGCUUGAUGGUGCCGUGCUUGCAGGCUCUGUGCUUGCAGGUUCUGUGCUUGCAGGUUCUGUGGUUGCUGGCGCUGUGCUUGCAGGCUCUGUGCUUGCGGGCUCCGUGCUUGCAGGCUCAGUGCUUGCAGGCUCAGUGCUUGCGGGCUCUGUGGUUGCAGGUUCCGUUGUUGCAGGCUCUGUGCUUGCGGGCUCUGUGCUUGCGGGCUCUGUGCUGGCGGGCUCAGUGGUGGCAGGCUCACUGGUGGCAGGCUCUGUGCUUGCAGGCUCUGUGCUUGCAGGCUCUGUGCUUGCAGGCUCUGUGGUGGCAGGCUCCGUGCUUGCUGGUUCUGUGCUUGCGGGCUCUGUGCUUGCAGGCUCUGUGCUUUCCGGCUCCGUGCUUGCAGGUUCCGUGCUUGCUGGCUCCGUGGUUGCAGGCUCCGUGCUUGCAGGCUCACUGCUUACGGGCUCCGUGCUCGCUGGGGCGGUGCUUCCAGGCUCAGUGCUUGCGGGCUCUGUGCUUGCGGGCUCUGUGCUUGCGGGCUCUGUGCUUGCAGGCUCUGUGCUUGCGGGCUCAGUACUUGCGGGCUCUGUGCUUGCAGGCUCUGUGCUCGCGGGCUCAGUGCUUGCGGGCUCAGUACUUGCAGGCUCUGUGCUUGCAGGCUCAGUGCUUGCGGGCUCUGUGCUUGCGGGCUCCGUGCUUGAUGGUGCCGUGCUUGCUGGCGCAGUGCUUGCUGGCGCAGUGCUUGCUGGCUCAGUGCUUGCUGGGGCGGUGCUUGCGGGUUCAGUGGUGGCAGGCUCAGUGGUGGCUGGCUCAGUGGUGGCAGGCUCCGUGCUCGAUGGUGCCGUGCUUGCGGGCUCAGUGCUUGCAGGCUCUGUGCUUGCGGGCUCAGUGCUUGCAGGCUCUGUGCUUGCGGGCUCCGUGCUUGAUGGUGCCGUGCUUGCUGGCGCAGUGCUUGCGGGCUCAGUGCUUGCGGGCGCAGUGCUUGCGGGCUCGGUGCUUGAUGGUUCCGUGGUUGCGGGCUCAGUGCUUGCGGGCCCAGUAGUUGCAGGCUCAGUAGUUGCAGGCUCAGUAGUUGAUGGUUCCGUGCUGGAUGGUUCCGUGCUUGACGGCUCUGUCGAGGCCGGCUGUGUAGUGGCAGGUUGCGUGCUGGAUGGCUCUGUUGUGGGCUCCUGUGUGGUUGGUAGAGUGGUAGCUGGGGCAGUAGUUGCCGGCUGUGUUGACUGCGGUGAACUGGUCGUCGUGCUAGUGUAA